AUGGCGCCCCCUGUCAGCUGCCUCCUGGUGGCCGUGCUGUUUUCUGCCAGCUGUAAAGCCACCGCCUCCUCGGAUCAGACGUGCACAGAGAAAGAAGCCAACAAAAUAUAUAACUGUGAAAAUUUAGGUCUCAGAGAGAUUCCUGACACUCUACCAAACACAACAGAAUUUUUGGAAUUCAGUUUUAACUUCUUGCCUGCAAUUCAAAACACAACUUUCUGCAGACUCACAAAUCUGAUCUUUUUGGAUUUAACCAGGUGCCAGAUCAAUUGGAUACAUGAAGACACCUUUCAAAGCCAUCACCAAUUGGACACCCUUGUGCUGACUGGAAAUCCCCUGAUAUUUAUGGCCGAAACAUCCCUCCUCGGGCCCAGGGCGCUGAAGCACCUUUUCUUAAUCCAAACGGGAAUAUCCAAUCUCGAGUUCAUCCCAGUGCACAAUCUGGAAAACUUGGAAAGUUUGUAUCUUGGAAGCAACCAUAUUUCCUCCAUGAAGUUCCCAGGAAACUUCCCAACACAGAAUCUGAAGGUUCUGGAUUUUCAGAAUAAUGCUCUCCACUUCCUCUCUCGCGAAGACCUGAACACUCUGGGGGCCACCAACCUCAGCCUCAACCUCGAUAGCAAUGACAUCAGAGGCAUGGAGCCUGGGGCUUUCCAGGCAAAAGUCUUCCAAAGUUUGCGAUUUGGAGGGACGCUUGACGUGUCUGUCAUAUUGAAAGGGCUACAGAACUCUACUACUCGGUCUCUCUGGCUGGGGACAUACGAGGACACUGAGAGCCAGGACCUGACUCCAGCCAUGCUCGAGGGGCUCUGUGAGAUGUCUGUCGAGAGCAUGAGCCUGCGCCAGUACCGUUUCUCUGACUUGUCAGCUACCACUUUUCGGUGCCUCACGCCCCUCCGGGAAUUGGACCUGACGGCAACUCACUUGAGAGAGUUACCCUCUGGGAUUCAGGGUAUGAACUCGCUCAGGAAAUUAGUUCUCAAUGUAAAUCAUUUUGAGCAAUUGUGUCAAAUCAAUGCUGCCAGUUUCCCGGCCCUCACAGACCUCUCUAUCAAAGGCAACCUGGGGGUACUUGACCUCGGUGCCGGGUGUUUGGAAAAACUAGCAAAUCUCCGGAGACUUGAUUUAAGCCACAAUGGCAUAAAGGCUUCUGACUGCUGCAACCUGCCACUCAAAGGCCUGCGCCACUUGCAGUACCUAAACCUGAGCUACGCUGUGUCCAUGGGUCUCCGGCGUCAGGCGUUCCAAGAGAGUCCUGAGCUGGAAGUCCUGGAUUUGGCAUUUACUCACCUGACUGUUAUGGCGUCACAGAGUCCUUUCCAAAACCUUCCUCUCCUGCAGGUUCUGAAUCUCUCCCACUGCCUCCUCGACGCCAGCAAUCAGCACCUUCUGGAAGGCCUGGGGGGUCUCCGGCAACUGAAUUUACAGGGAAAUAGAUUUCAAGAUGGGAGCCUCUCCAAGACCAACCUUCUUCAGACAGUAGCCGGCUUGGAGGUGCUGAUUUUAUCCUCCUGUGAGCUCCUCUCUAUAGACCAGCAGGCCUUCCACAGCCUUGGGAAUGCGACUCACCUAGACUUAAGCCACAACAGCCUGACGGAAAACAGCAUCGAUGCUCUUGGCCACCUGAAGGGGCUCUACCUCAACCUGGCCACCAACAGCAUUCGCUUCAUCCCACCCCGUCUCCUCCCCAUCUUGUCCCAGCAGAGCACCAUUAAUUUAAGUCACAAUCCUCUGGACUGCACUUGCUCAAAUGUUCGCUUCAUAACCUGGUUCAGAGAAAACCUGCACAAACUCGAGGACGUGGAGGAGACAGUGUGUGAGAACCCGCCAUCUUUAAGGGGAGUCAAGCUGUCUGAGGUGGAACUGUCCUGUGGGAUUACGGCCGUGGGCAUUUUUUUUCUCGUGGUAUUUUUAUUCUUGUUCACCAUCCUGUUCAUUUUUGCAGUUAAAUUCCUCCUUAGGUGGAAAUACCAGCACAUUUAG